GUCCUGAAGCCACGAGUUCAAUUCUACUGAACACCAAUUUGUGUUUUUUUUUAAUCCUCUGGUCACCAAUAUAUUGUUCUAAUAUUUUAUAGGCCCCUGCCACCAAUGUUUUUUUAAAAAAAUAUUUUUUUGAGGCCCCAAUUUUUUAACUUGUAAGAGGGGCCCUGGUACCAAUGUUUUUUUUUAAAAAAAACUUUUACGGGUGGCGGGGCUUGGGUGCCAUGGGGCCCAGGGGGACCCUGAAAAUGUUGUUGUAUGGAGCCUCGUGAUUUCUAAUGGUGGCCCUGGUGGGGAGCUUCUGUGAAUAUGGAGUCAGGGGGUUUUAUAAUUCAGGUUUCUAUAUUAUUGUGAGUAAACAAGUUAUUUUCCAUUAAUAGAUUCUGUCAUUUCAGUCGACUUUGGAAAUAGCUGGGACCUGGACCCACAGACUGGAUUGUGAAACGAAGAGGAAGGGACUCCCCAUUGGAUGGCAACCGAGGCCAUAAGGCAGAAGGGCUAGCGCCUGGCAUACGACACCAAAUGUGACAUCUGGUCGCUGGGGAUAACCGCCAUCGAAAUGGCCGAGGGAAAAGCACCAUACGCAGAUCAAUACCCAGUGGAGCACCUGAUAAAAGAAGCCCAACCACCGAAGCUUCAAUCAAACAGAUGGUCACAACGUUUUGUGUCCUUCUUGGAGUCCUGCCUGAAGAAGGAUCCUUCGGAGAGAAGGAGUGCUGAAGAACUCCUGCAGCACCCAUUCGUCACCCAACUGCCACCUAAGAAGAUCAUCAGGGCUGAGAUUGGAGAACAUCUCCCGGCUCUGCCGAACCGGCCAGCCAAGAAAGGACUGAAGGGAGUAGCUCUCUGGACUCUGAAACAGCUGCGGCGUGCUUGUGACUUAUGCACACAGACAUCGGCAGAACAAGAAGCAACUCUGCAAAUGGCCCCUCCUAUUAAGGAAUCACAUGUUGAUCUUGCUGUCUCCCUGCUGCAUGGUGUUGCCCCCAUGCUUUAGAAUGAAGUAGUAGAAUACUCAUGCCCACUGACAUACAUGAGUAGGGGAAAUAGGAGACACUGCUCGUGGGAGUAGGCACCAAGAGGUUUUCACAGUCCAUUGCACUGAUUUAGGCUGGGUGCCAGCACAGUCCAGUCAGCUCAGAAGAGGCAUUAUACUGGACUUGUGCUGUGCCAGGCACAUUAUAAUACAUGGGUCCUCAGAAGGUCC